GUGUGAGAAGUGCAUGAAGUGGCUCGGGACCUAUGCUCGGGACUUGACACAAAAUCUGAGAUUUGACUUGAUCCGCGCUCCAGUUUUAAGGAUGUAAAGCUACAGGUUGCGGACAAGGACUUAAUUAAGCAUGUUUUUGUAAACAGCUUCCAGAAUUGAUGAAGAUAAUCCAGGAAUUCUACAGGAUCUGCACACCCUACCGCUCGCCCCGUCGGUAACUUGGGACAGAGGCAGGGCUCUGCUGCUAGCUGCUACACCAGCUAAGCUAAGAUUUUGUCCCCUUCCUUCCUGAUGCUGGGGGUCUUGUGAGGACACACAUCUUCCUCAACUGCAGCUGAAUUGCUGUGAAGAUAGUCUCUGCUGAGGCUUCCUGAUUGAGUGAACCACAUAUAGAUAUAUUCUUAGAAAGUGCAGUGAGAGAGAGAAGUCAAGAUGUCUAUCACCAACACACCUACCAGCAAUGAUGCCUGCCUGAGCAUUGUGCACAGCCUGAUGUGUCACAGACAGGGUGGUGAGAGCGAGACGUUUGCCAAGCGGGCCAUUGAGAGCCUGGUGAAGAAACUGAAGGAGAAAAAGGAUGAGCUUGACUCCCUCAUCACUGCUAUCACCACCAACGGGGCCCAUCCCAGCAAGUGUGUGACCAUUCAGAGGACUCUCGAUGGACGACUGCAGGUGGCAGGACGUAAAGGGUUCCCUCAUGUAAUCUACGCGCGGCUGUGGCGGUGGCCUGACCUGCAUAAGAAUGAACUGAAGCACGUCAAAUACUGCCAGUUUGCCUUUGACCUUAAGUGUGACAACGUGUGUGUCAACCCCUAUCACUAUGAGCGAGUGGUGUCUCCUGGCAUAGACCUAUCAGGACUGACUCUGACCAGUUCUGGCCCCAGCUCCGCUCUGAUGGUGAAAGAUGAGUACGACUUUGAUGGUUCGCAGAGUCUGCCCUCCAUCGACGGAGGGCACUCCAUCCAGACCAUCCAGCACCCCCCCUCCACCAGCCGCCCGGCCCCCUCUGAGCCCUUUGCCACUCCAAACCUUCUCCCCCCUGCUGAGGCCUCCACCUCCGCUUCUUCGUCAGCUUUUCCUGCCAUUUCUGCUGGAUCAGGAGGUGCCAGCGCCAACUGGUCGAGGAACAGCAACUUCAACCCCAACACACCCCACCACACAAACGGCCAUCUACAGCACCACCCCCCCAUGCCACAUCCGACACAGUACUGGCCGUUGCAUAAUGAGCUCGCCUUUCAGCCUCCUAUAUCCAACCAUCCAGCUCCUGACUACUGGUGCUCCAUUGCCUAUUUUGAGAUGGACGUUCAGGUCGGGGAGACGUUUAAGGUCCCCUCUUCUUGCCCCAUCGUGACAGUGGACGGCUAUGUGGACCCCUCAGGAGGAGACCGCUUCUGCUUGGGUCAGCUCAGCAAUGUUCAUCGCACUGAGGCCAUUGAGAGAGCAAGGCUUCACAUUGGCAAAGGGGUUCAGCUGGAGUGUAAGGGGGAGGGGGAUGUGUGGGUGCGAUGCCUCAGUGACCACGCAGUGUUUGUUCAGAGUUACUACCUGGACAGAGAGGCCGGCCGAGCCCCUGGAGACGCUGUGCACAAAAUAUACCCCAGCGCUUACAUCAAGGUGUUCGACCUCCGUCAGUGCCACAGACAGAUGCAGCAGCAGGCCGCCACGGCUCAGGCCGCCGCUGCAGCUCAGGCAGCCGCUGUGGCUGGAAAUAUACCUGGCCCUGGAUCAGUUGGAGGAAUUGCUCCAGCUAUUAGUCUCUCGGCAGCAGCUGGUAUCGGGGUGGAUGACCUGCGGAGGCUGUGUAUUCUCAGGAUGAGUUUUGUUAAGGGCUGGGGUCCCGACUACCCCCGGCAGAGCAUCAAGGAGACCCCCUGCUGGAUUGAGAUCCACCUGCACAGAGCCCUCCAGUUACUGGACGAGGUUCUGCACACUAUGCCUAUCGCAGACCCUCAACCUCUGGACUGAGAUGCGCCCCCACCCCCGCAGCAUCACACUGCAGCAUACAGCGGCUACGGAGAGUCGUCCUCAGUGAACCGUGUGGAGAAUCCAGUGAAACAGCUGUGACACUGUAGCUGUCCCACAUGAACAAAAUAAACAUUCAGGUGUUUUUGAGGUACCUUUGUGCACUGUGGCCCCUACUUUUUUUUCAGCAUUAAUGACACUACAAUUAGCUAAAGCCAUAUAUUAAAUAAAGAUAUGUUGCUCUUUAUUUUUGAUAUAUGGCUUUGAUUUGUUAUGACUGGAAAGAUGAGUAGACAGUUACAAAGCAACACAUCAUGAUGAUAGAUGACCUGAAGAUCCCAUGAAACUGGAAUGUACAGCGACUACUCAGUCCACAACUACUGACAGACAUCAGACUCACUGAAGAAUGGAAGAACGCCUGAGGGCUGUACAGCUGCGGGAUGAGUGUCUGAGCACCAGGAGAGUGCUGCUGGUUUCCAUUGUGUCAGACUGCUUCACACCUGUCAUGACAAGCUAGUCUGGUCCACGAUCAGCCAUCCACGAACAUCACACA